GCAACCUCAACCUCAACCUUCACCACCAACCACCCACCACCACACAACAUCCACAAUGGCCCGUACCAAGCAGACUGCCCGCAAGUCGACCGGCGGCAAGGCGCCCCGCAAGCAGCUCGCCACCAAGGCCGCGCGCAAGUCGGCCCCCUCGACCGGCGGCGUCAAGAAGCCCCACCGUUACCGCCCCGGUACCGUCGCUCUUCGUGAGAUCCGUCGCUACCAGAAGUCCACCGAGCUCCUCAUCCGCAAGCUCCCCUUCCAGCGUCUCGUCCGUGAGAUCGCCCAGGACUUCAAGACCGACCUCCGCUUCCAGUCGUCGGCCGUCCUCGCCCUCCAGGAGGCCGCUGAGGCCUACCUCGUCGGCCUGUUCGAGGACACCAACCUCGCCGCCAUCCACGCCAAGCGUGUCACCAUCCAGCCCAAGGACCUCCAGCUCGCCCGCCGUCUCCGCGGCGAGCGCUCGUAAGCGCGAGCUCCUGCUCUGGCUAGAUAGCUAGGCGGCGGCGUGUCGCCACCGGCGGCACAGCCCCACCAACCCACACUUCGUAUUUCGUUUUGCUCUCUCGCAUUGUUAGGCCGGGUCGAGCGUAUGUAUCGAGCUCCCUGGUGUGUCAUUCACUAUGUCACUGGUC